AUGAAUUUGCCAGUGCUGUGUUCAAAACGUUUAUAUGGUUUAUGUGCGGACGCAGCUGAGAUGGUAGCUUGGCAACGCAUGGCUCUUCAAGAGCUUGAAAGCAGAAUUGAUUGUGGAGUGGUAUUGAUAAAGGAAGAUCUUUUAGCUGAGAUAGAGGAUAUAGUUCAAAUGACAGCAACAAUACCGUUGAGUAAUUACGGCUGUCAUGUACUUACUCUAAAACAAGCAGAACAAUUAGACAUUUGUCGAGAUUUAUUAGAUAAUCAGGCAAAAUUUGAACGCUCACAUCCACCUGCUGAUGACGAGAUUCACGAGAUAUUACAUGAGACGUCGCAUGAAGAAUCAGAAAUUCUGACAAGUUUUAUUAACCAGGAGGGCUUGAUACAGAAAUUUGCUAGUACUGACCCUAGCAACGGUUACAUAUUUCCACUUGUUAAAUUACCACCACCACACCUAAAGAAAAAUAUGGACGCGAGGUUUCCAGCUGUACAAAAGUUGAGCUGUGAAGCAGAAAAACAAUUCAAUGAGUUAGUCAGUUAUGGUAUAGGAGAUCAUGCUGUAUAUGAUGGCAAAUUAUAUCAAGUGAUAAGUUUCGGUGCUUUAAAAAGUAUUUUCGAUAGUGGUAUAGGCUUGACAAAUACUAUUUUGCACCACCGUCUAGCUCAUUCGGUUGAAAAGAUACGAACUGUGGUCAAUACGCAUCAAGGUAUAUUGAAACAGCAUUCAUCAUUACUUUUGAAACAGGACGAACAGUUAGUGAUCAGCACAGCGUUGAUUGAUUUUGAUAUAAAUAUCAAAAUAUUAAGAGACGGACUGUUUAGAGCUUUUGACAAAUUACACAGUAUUGGUAAAACCUUAUCAAGGCACAGUCGUCAAAUGAUUCGUGAUAAAAUGGAAAAUAGUUUUGUGAAAAUGAAAUUGUCUUUUGAACGUAUUGAGAAGGGAGAUUUAAAUUUGGACUACAUGUCUAUUCGAGAUCAGCAAAAGCUUGUUAAUAUCAUAGGUAAAACUGUUAAGACACGAUUGUCAUCUGAGGCUGAAAAUAUGACUGCAUCAGGCUUGGCCGAUCGUUUACCAAUUGGACAGGAAAUACAAUUUAUUCGCAUUGAUGAUAGUGACGAAGAAAACAUAUGGAUAAUGAAACACUUAAGGAAAUAA